UGUGUCGGUAACUGCCCCGCUGUCCAGAUCUCCCACAAUUCUUCGGUGUCAGUAGUGGUGGAGUGUGAUAGGCUGCUGGAGGAGCAGAGGGGGGAACUGCAGCAGAGUAGCACCGCUGUCAGGAAGCAGGAGCCCGCUAACAACUCGCCGAACCAGCCGAGCAAGGACGGCUGUACCCGCGUGAUUUACCAUGACAACUGAAUCAGGCACAGACUCAGAGGCCAAGCAGCCACAGGAGAACAAGGAGACGGAGAAGGGGAAAGCUAAAGCAGCAGCAUCCCAGCCGAGCCAGGCCGCAGCCGAGCCCUCUUCGCCGCAGAACCAACCGGAGCAGCUUCCAGCCGCUGUCGGACACAGCACCCCGGCCAGGAAAGAACAGGAGCAGCAGGAAGAGGACCAGGAAUCCCACAGGUCAUCCAUCAGUCGUCUGUCCAAGUCUCCAUUGAGAGGAGUGAAGAAGGUGAAGAUCAUGCAGUGCAAAGUCUCCCUGCUCGAUGGCUCGGACUUCACACUCGAUGUGGAGAAACGAGCCAGGGGACAAGUGCUCUUUGACAAAGUAUGCGAUCACCUCAAUCUGCUGGAGAGAGACUACUUUGGAAUCACACACAAAGAUGUAGAGAACCAGAAGAAUUGGCUGGACCCCUCCAAGGAACUGAAGAAGCAGAUAAGGACUGGUCCUUGGAACUUUGCAUUCAACGUAAAGUUUUACCCCCCAGAUCCCUCCCAGCUCACUGAGGAUAUCACAAGGUACUAUCUGUGCCUGCAGCUUAGAGAUGAUGUGGUUUCAGGUCGCCUGCCCUGCUCCUUCGCCACCCACACAGUACUGGGUUCCUACGCAGUGCAGUCUGAACUGGGAGACUAUGACCCUGAAGAACUGGGCAGCGACUACAUCAGCGAACUGCGCUUUGCACCCAACCAGACCAAAGAGCUAGAAGAGAAGGUCAUGGAACUCCACAAGACCUACAAGGGGAUGACACCGGCCGAAGCGGAGAUACACUUCCUGGAAAACGCCAAGAAGUUGUCCAUGUAUGGUGUGGACCUCCACCACGCCAAGGACUCGGAGGGUGUGGAGAUCAUGCUGGGCGUUUGUGCAAGUGGCCUCCUCAUCUACAGAGACCGGUUGCGGAUCAACAGGUUCGCCUGGCCCAAAAUCCUCAAGAUCUCCUACAAGAGGAACAAUUUCUACAUUAAAAUCCGACCCGGCGAGUUUGAACAGUUUGAAAGCACAAUCGGUUUCAAGCUUCCAAAUCAUCGCGCUGCCAAAAGGCUGUGGAAGGUCUGUGUUGAACAUCAUACCUUUUUCAGGCUCGUGUCCCCAGAGGCACCUCCGAAGAAGUUCCUGAGCCUCGGUUCCAAGUUUCGCUACAGUGGCAGAACGCAGGCUCAGACCCGCAGAGCCAGCUCCCAAAUCAUCAGACCUGCUCCGUUGUUUGAGCGCUCAGCCAGCAAACGCUACAACAUGUCCCUCAGCUUAGAUGGAGCUCCCAUUAUGGAGAACCACGAGACUUUGAUGAAGGACACUGCAGCUGAUGGCGCAGCCAAAGUCAUUGCCAAGGGGGACAUUAUCACCACGGUAACAACCGAGAAGAAAGCAGAGGAAGAGAAGGCGGAGCAGGAAGACACUGCGAUGGAUGAAGCGGAAACACUGGAGCCCACUGCCACGACACCGCUCAGACAUGACACAAAGUACUCUCCCUGUGUAUACACAACUGACCCUCUCCGCUCCGAGCUCUCACUCCCCUCAUCACCUGUUUCAUCAACUAAAGUGCGGCGGAGGCGCAGGGAGAAUGUACGAAAACGGGCCUCAUCAGUCAGUCCUGCCAAGAACGGCAAUGGGUGCCGCCGCCGGCAAGCCCAUGCUGAUCGCAAAGCUGCCCUGCUGCAGGAGCAGGCGCUGCUGCUCUCGGCCCGAAAGCAGAGGCUGGAGCAGGGCAAGAGCCGCGGCGGUACGCUCUUCUCCUUCUCCCUGCACCUGCCUGACCUGUCCUCCAUGCUGGAUGAGGACGGCUACCUCACCUUCCCUGAUCUGUCAGAGAUGCGCUUCCUCCCUGAGUGUGCACAGAACUUCCUCCCCAUUAAGUCACCGUCACUCAUCCCCUGCUUCCUCUUCAUCUUUUUCUUCCUGCUCUCCACAUCCUUCUCCGUCCCUUACGCUCUCACCCUCUCCUUCCCCCUGGCGCUGUGCCUCUGCUACCUGGAGCCAAAGGCAGCCUCCCUGACCGCCUCCAUAGCCCAGGGCUACCAUGACCAUGACAGUUCAGAGGAAGAGGAGACCGACAGCGAGCAAACUGACUUUGCCUUUGAUGGAGAGAUGACCGCCACAGAGUCGGAAGCAGAGGACGACUCUGAGAUGCGGACUCAGGACACCGAGCCUCCGGCGGAGAUGGUCAAGCACCAAACCAAUAUCAGCGAACUGAAGCGCUCCUUCCUUGAGACUGGCGACAGCACGCCAGGCCUGACAGAGUGGGAGAAGAGACUCUCCUCAUCCCCAGCGCACUCACCAAGGGCAGAUGAAGCGCCCAUGAUAGAGCCUCUGGAGCUGCAGGAUACUAAAGAUGAGCCACCUGCAGGAGAGGACACAAAAGAAGAGAUGGAGCCUAAAGCCACUGAGGCCGCAGGAUAUCUGGUGAAAUACGUGGCGGAUAGUAUCGUAACAGAUGGGGCCACCUCCUCGGGGCCUCACGGGAUUAGUCUGUCAACCACUAUGGAUGACGACGUCUUCAUGGACGGGACCCUCAGGGAGGUGGAGGAGAAAACGCCCGACUCUCAAGAUGAGGUGUCAGAGAGGUCGGCGUUGAAGGUCAGCCCCGGAGCUGUAAGACAGGAAGUGUCCCAGGCCAUCAUUGACAAGAAAGGGACACUUAUAAUCUUGAAAGAGGAUAGAUUAGACACUGAGGGCAGCGAGAUGAGCAUUUUGGGUGAAAAAGAGGAGCCCGUUGUCCCUGGAGAGCCAGAAGCUCAAGAGAAGGAUUCACUCUCCAGUUCUAUUGAGACAGAAACUAUCAAAGAAGACAGUGCUGUUGUCAUCGAAGCCCAAAUGACAGUAGUCAAGACUCUGAGUCCGAAGAUUGAUGUAAAAGCUGAUGACAUGACUCAGAAUAAAGGUAUUGAUUCGCCUAAAAAGGCGAUGGCAUCGUGGAUUUCUGAGGAGGUGAAGAUUGAGGCAUCAGAGGUCAUAAGUGUGUCUGCAGAGGAAGUCAAGGAGGUGAUGAAGUGUGACAGCCUGCAGCAGAAAGCAGAAUUCUUCACCUUUGAAGAAGUCGUCCAGACCGAACAGUCAAAGUCCAUCUUCACUCAAAACUCAAUUCCGGAAUCUUCGACUACAACCAUAGCAGUGUCUACGCUGGGAUGGGUUUCCUCCUCUCAAAAGGCACCAGCUGAUCCAGAGCAGAAGACGGUGCUUGCCACAGAGACGGAGGAGGGGCCAGCCGAGUCCACUGGGCCAACGAGUCUUGAGAACAGUGAGGUGGGAACCAAAGAGAUGCCUGUGGUCCACACAGAGACAAAAACCAUCACCUAUGAGGCUGCAGAGGUUGACACUAAUGGUGACGCUGACCCUGGGGUGUUGCUGAGCGCUCAGACCAUCACCUCAGAAACCACCAGCACCACGACCACCACACACAUCACAAAGACGGUGAAAGGCGGAGUAUCAGAGACGAGAAUUGAGAAGAGGAUCGUCAUCACAGGAGAUGCCGAAAUCGACCACGAUCAGGCUCUGGCUCAGGCCAUAAAGGAGGCUAAAGAACAGCAUCCUGACAUGUCAGUGACCAAAGUAGUGGUACAUAAAGAGACAGAGAUCACGCCAGAGGAGGGGGAGGAGGAGGACUGACCCAGGAGUAACUCUGAGGGCUGUUUUCUGUUCAACCUCCCACAAUCCAACAUCCAGAUCUCCUCAUGAAAGCCGGCGGGACUCCUCAGAAGAACGGCUCCUCACUCUCCAACUCCCGCAGCUCGCCGCUCGUCGCAACCAUCAACCUGCAAAAGAAACCAAUGCAUUUUGCAUGAGAGGGAUGCAACGUUGCAUCACCAAACAAACGGCAAGAUAUAAACAGAAACCCGUACGAUUUUUAAAAAUGGUUCUCGAUCCACCUGCACGCCGAAUCCCUGUGUGCAGCGAGCAAACCUUUUGCUUUCACUGCCUUAUGACCUUGAUGCAUUUUUAUGAUAAUCGAGAAUAUUAAUUGUAGCAGACUUUUAUUUAUGAAAUAAAGCCAUCACUCCAGAAACUUUAAAUCGCCAUAGGCUGUAUAUGUUAGAAAGUAAACACUAUUUAACCUUGCUGUAGAAGUGCCAACCUCAUUUGCCAGCAAGCAUCGCCUCUCACCGGAUGAUUUCCCUUGUGAGGCGCGUCCCCGCAGCCCAGUACUGUACAUAUCAACAAAGCUUUCCUCAAAAAAUAGCAUCUCUCACAGUUGAUUUGUGUCAUUGUCUACUUGAAUUGUGUUUUUUUCUUUUUAAUGAUCAUUUCAGUAUUUUAUUGUUUCUCAUCAGUUGAUUCCACCACUGAAGGUCUGUUUUGGCAAAAACGCCAAGGAAUCAAGAUUUCUGUGCAAGAACUAGAUUUUUAUGUGCCUGCGCAGCCUGUGAAUGUUUUUCAGGGCAGAUGAUCGGCUGCAGCACAAGUCCCAGGUUUGUGUGACUGUGAGGCGAAGGGCUGCCGAGCGCGGCGGCCCCAGCGAUGCAAAGCCAAAAGAGAUCAGCCCACCCUCCCACCUCCCGAACAUGUCGACAGUGUGCCUCCCCCAUCUCCUCCACUGUAUCUGAAUAAACAACUGUUGUCCUUGUGCAGCCACGUUUUCCUCAAAAUGGUGAAAUAAAAAUGGCAAAC